UGGGAAGGAUCAGCUUUAUACUGUCUGAGCUUGGCGGCAGACAGGCACAGUGCAGUACACAGGGCGGCAGAUUGGCACUGUGCGGGUACAGGAGCGGCAGACAGGCACAGUGCUGUAUACAGGGCGGUAGAUUGGCACAGUGCGGGACAGGAGCGGCAGACAGGCACAGUGCUGUAUACAGGGCGGUAGAUUGGCACAGUGCGGGUACAGGGGCUGCAGACAGGCACAGUGCUGUAUACAGGGCGGCAGAUUGGCACAGUGCGGGACAGGAGCGGCAGACAGGCACAGUGCUGUAUACAGGGCGGCAGAUUGGCACAGUGCGGGUACAGGGGCUGCAGACAGGCACAGUGCUGGGUACAGGGCGGUAGAUUGGCACAGUGCGGGUACAGGGGCUGCAGACAGGCACAGUGCUGGGUACAGGGCGGUAGAUUGGCACAGUGCGGGUACAGGGGCUGCAGACAGGCACAGUGCUGGGUACAGGGCGGUAGACUGGCACAGUGCGGGUACAGGAGCGGCAGACAGGCACAGUGCUGGGUACAGGACGGUAGAUUGGCACAGUGCGGGUACAGGAGCGGCAGGCAGGCACAGUGCUGGGUACAGGGCGGUAGAUUGGCACAGUGCGGGUACAGGAGCGGCAGACAGGCACAGUGCUGGGUACAGGGCGGUAGAUUGGCACAGUCCUGGGUACAGGGCAGCAGGGCAUGGCAGUGAUGGUAGUGGGCAUGGUGGGUACUUGGCUAUAGGCAGAGUGGGCAGUCAGCUAUAGGCAGUGUCAGCAGGCAGGCUGGGAGGUGGGUUCCAGGCACAGUGGGCAUCAGGUAGGAUGAGGAGUGGGUAGGUGGGAGUGGGCAGUGUGGUGGGUGGGCUGUAUGUUGGGUGGGGAAGGGCUGCAGGUAGGGUGGUCGGUGGGCACCGUGUUAUCACUGCUCUGUAUCCAGGGAUAGAGCAGCACUCAGCCCCUCACAUACUCCAUGCCACAAUGGAUUCCUGCUGGAAAUGCCUGGCUGCCCUCCUCUCCACUCUGCUCCUUCGUUGCAUCCAAGGCAUCAGUGCAGAUCCUGUUAACUGGACCAGUACCUUGAGCUUCAGCCCUGAUGGUGAAUCCUCCUACCAAGAACCAGGUGUGCAUUCAUCUCCUUUUAAGAAGGAAGCAUUAGAUGAAGGAAGAGAUUCGUCCCGAAACCCAAGAUCUGGGGGUCAGGACACUUUCUCAGACAAUAAAACAUGGAGGGAAACAAAAGCAAAGAGAUUACAGAAAAAGUCACCUCUUGACUUUGUGGUUUCUGCCACAGCAGCUUCUACAAUGGCCUAUGUAGCAACCAAAGACUUCUCGGCAGAAAUCACCAGGAUGAGUGUAGAGAACAAGGAUUUAUCAAUCUGUGUGGGGUGCGGUGAGAAAACAUAUGUUGAAGGCAAGCCUUCUGUAUCAUCAUUUCUGGCUGAGCAUAAAGCUGGAGACGUAGAAUCUGUCACUAGUUUGGUUUGGCCUAUUCGCCGGGAAGCUGGUGAUGUGGGAUUUAAAAAGGAGCUGGUUAAAGGUGGAAGUCCAUUGGGUGCAGAAAGCCAAGAAGACUCUGGAAGCGGUGACCCUCAUCUCAGGAUGCCUGCAGGUCAAGCCACACACACAAGUUCACUUGAUAAACAAUGGGAAGUUGGUGAGUUCCUGGACAGAGCCACUGCUUUGCCAUCCCAGACCUCAAUUACCUGGAGCAAAGGACUGCUGAGUCCAAUUACAGAGAAAGCCAUCAGCCCAGACUCAGCAGAAAUCGACCAUCUCUUGCAAGUGUCCAGAGAAACGGUUCUGCAAUCUCCAUCACCUUCAGGUAUAGAGCAACAAAAAUCCAAAACAGUGGUAAAUUCUGAGACAGAUAUGUCUAAUGGCCAAUUUACACCUUUGGAGGGAGAGUCUAGCCAAUCCAAAGCACAGGGCGCUCAAGGGCAAACUGAUAUUACCGUGGUAACUGAGAAAAUUCCGAAUUCCCUCUCUUCUAGCCUUUCACCCAUAGGUCCAUUGAAACCCUCCGAUCCCCCAUUCCAUUCUCUCAUUACUGAAUUCACAGAUGUUGACUACUAUGACUCAGAACUAGAUUUACAUGGGACUCACGGGCACUUCCUAGAUUACACGUUCCCUGGUAGGGACUCCACAAAAAAUAUCCUUGACAAAAAUCCACAUCGACCCAAACCAGACCAUUACAAAGAGUCAACUUUUGAUGAGUCUUAUUUUUACCCCACCACUUCUUUCUACACAGAUGGGGAUUUGGAGGGUGAUGAUGAUGAUGAUGAUGAUGACGAUGAAGAUGAUAUUGAGGAAUCCGAUGAUGAUAUCACUGGAAGGGAUCAGGAAAUCAGCAAUGCUCCACAGGAAGCUACUCUUACGCCCAAGGUACAGACUAUAACCAUAGACGAGAAGCCAACCAGCAGAGAGCAGGUUCCACAUCAAACAUUCAUUCUCUUUGGCGGUGAAUUGCAUCCGAAAUUCCACCCUGAUAUUAAUAAGGAUUUAACGCAGACAACGUCGGGAGCCAGUGAGAACCGCACAGAGUGCAGAAACGGAUACAUCAAACGUAACAACUCCUGCAAGUCUCUGUGUGAAAUCUACCCAACGUACUGCUACAAUGGUGGCCAGUGCUACAUCGUGGAGAACACCGGAGCAUUUUGCAGAUGUAACACGCAAGAUUAUAUAUGGCACAAAGGGAUGAGGUGCGAGUCCAUCAUCACGGAUUUCCAGGUGAUGUGCGUUGCCGUUGGUACAGCUGCGCUGGUUGUACUGCUUCUCUUCAUGAUGACGGUCUUCUUUGCCAAAAAACUUUACCUGCUCAAAACCGAGAACUACAAACUGCGCAAAAGGAACAGGUACAGGACUCCCUCAGAGCUCCACAAUGAUAAUUUUUCUCUCUCUACGAUCGCCGAAGGCUCCCACCCAAAUGUAAGGAAACUUUGCGACACUCCAUGUCAUGUGUCCCCCCAUGCUCGUGCAUUGGCUUACUAUGAUAACGUAAUCUGUCAGGAGGACCCAAAUGCGCCUCAGAAGGUGCAGGAUCUCCCGAAGGCCUGCCUGAAGGAUGAGGAGCCCUUCAACAUCCAGAAUUCGCUCUCGCCCAAGCACGAGAGUGGGAAAGGGGACCCAGACAUUGUGGAUGUCAAUUGCGUCCUGAACAACUUAACAUGAAAAGUCACCAGCCAUGCUUGCUCUAUUUUCAACUGACUUCUUCAAUGCUGGAGGAGCCUGUGACAGACACGUCACAGUCACCUCCAGCACUGAGGGGGCAUUAAUGUCUCAUACCCAUACAGCUCCUCUAAUGUGACCCCACUCCCCGGCAUGCUUUGCUGUGUUUUGAACAGAGAUCGACAGGUAUCGUGUCUGAAGAAGGUGACUGACCAGCUCCAGAGGACACACGACAUGGGCAAUUCCACACUGCAGUUCAUUUUUCAUCUCUCACUAAGCCAUCACACCAAGAGGAAACUUCAUCUAAGUAGGCAAUGUCCAGAUAAGGCCAGCCCCAACCCAGAGACCUACAACAUUCGGGCAUGUAUUGUUGGCUGCCAUUCCCAUACCUGUCCUCUAAUCACACUGAAAAUGAAUUGAAGAGGGUUUCAAACUGUGUUUCAGUGGGGUGGAAGCAUGUUCCUGCUUUGGCACAGGUGAUGACAUUGUUUUCUCUGAUAGUUGGAUUGUGACUUCUCUGAAUAUGCUAUGAAAUGGAUAAGCUCCAAAAUGGUUUCAGUGUCAAAUAUGCCCAUAUUCUGUAACACUUAAAUGGUCACUGGCGGUUUGCUGUGCUGGAUAUUUCAUGGUGAUUUUUGGGGUGUAGGUAGACUUAGCCUCAGAUUACCUCAUUUAUACAGUGAUCGUCUGUUUGUGAAACAGAUUUUAAUGUUAGCUUUCCAUUUUGGCCACAAGCUGAAAUGUCACAUGCCCAACACAUCUCGAUAAGCCCACAGAUAAUCAUGACACUGGGAACACCGCGAGAGCUUGGAAAGAUCAGUCACUUCAGAUCCUGCCAGUCAAUACGCUUAAAAAUAGGACUAAACUACUUGUGUCAGGUGGCAAAGUUACCGUAAGGUGGUGUAACGUCAGACACAGACUAGACUAAUCUUGUGUUUUAAUCCUCUUUACUCAAUAGGAAAAGUAGGGUAAAAAAACAUCUCUCCAAGGCCUGUUCGGUUUGUUCUAGAUGCCGGAACAGAUUAAUGGUGUUUUUAUAUUUAGAACUCCACUGGAUUUAAAGUAACUAGCGUGUAAUCAGUGUUCUGGGUACAAAGACCCCCAAUGUAAGAACAUAACGUACGUAAGUAUCAGCAAACCAUAGUAAAUAACUCUUAGCUAAGGACAUGGAUUCCCAACCUUUUUUGAGCCUCAACCCACUUCAGGAAGAGUUGCAUUUCCAAGGGCGCCUGUAUUUUAGCUCUACAUUCAUUAGCAGGUAAUAACUGGAUAGGAAUCCUUACUACAGAGAGACAUACAAUUCUAGCUUAAAUAUCUAUCUGAUAGGAAUCCUAACUGUAAUGCUGAUACAUAAUAGCACAUUUUAAGGACUGCCUUCAGCCUGUUACAGUACUGAAUUCAAUAUUCACGGCAUGCUUCGAGGUGGCUUGAGGAACGCUGGUGGAAAUCCCUGGCAUAGAGUACUGUAAGAAAAACAAAGGAUUUGGAAAUCCUACACCGCUCCCUACCCUUAAAACCUAGCAUUUACCCAAUACGCCCCAAGACAGUGAUAGUAAAAUUUGGUACAAACAAAGCUGAACAAUUAAUUUUAGUGUGAGCAGUAAUGGAUCCUUCCUUUCAUUGUGUUUUAUUCCAUUUCUAUUAAGCGCACGGUCUGAUGGUGAAUGCCAUGAUUCAGUCUGAGUGUGCCCGCAAUACCUGCAUGUAGAUCACGCCUGGAACUGAUGCACUAACCGGUACUCUGGUGAAUACUGUUUUAGGAACACUUUAUAGCGUGAGGGAGAAGACACUAUAUUUAGGUAUUCCAGUGAUAAAUUUGUAACACUGUCACCUCAGUGGGAGCUGAUAAUGUUUAAAGAUGGAGGGGUGCUUGACUCCCAGAAUUUAACUCUGGAUCCUGACUUGUUGGGAUUUCCGCAUUCCACGUCAUGUACUCAACCCCUGAUUCAAUGAGAUGUCAUAAUCUGUUCAUAGUUAAUAGUGAACAGUGAAUAAUUUAGAGUUACAACUCUACUCCCUGAUCCAUUACCUAAUUACAGAGAGGACAGUGCACAGGUCUGUCCCUUAGGGCACUCAGUAUCUCAUGGCUCAGUGCAAAAUCAGUGGGAUGUCAGAAAUUCUGUUACAGCAGACUCGGCAUGGCUGAGGGCUCUAUACCCAUUAAAUGGGUCACUUCACAUGAUUGGUUGCUUAGCCACUCAGCACCAUCUGCAGCCUUCAAUUAGCAAGAAGAAUAAAUCAGCACACACCAACAUCCAUCACUAACCCUCACCACAACAACAAAUUAGAUUUUAUUAAAGUAACAAAAACAGUGAGGCACUUCCUUACCUGUCCCUAUAGGCCAGUGUCCACUGUGUAGACAUAUAUAUGUUAUGUAUGUAGAGUGCCAAGGGCAGGAGAUUGCCCAGAGAGGUUAGGAUUAUGUGAAGAUGUUGGGAUGGAGAUCGGUAAUAAAAGAGCAAACAUUGGUCUAGACAGGACAGUGAGUUGUGUGCCAAAAUGCUCAUCUGUAAAUGACCCUGGUCCAACGCAUGGUUAUUUUGCCUCUGAUGUUAUGCAGCUCUAAAACCAUAAUGACCAGUUAAGAGGAAGGCUGGUAAGCUCAUAGUAGGGUGAGCUACAUCCAUCUUGAUUGUUGGUCAGCUCAUGGGAAGGUGAGCUAGAUCCAUCUUUAUGGUUGGUCAGCUUAUAGGUAGAUGAGCUAGAUUCAUCUUUAUGGUUGAUUAGCUCAUAAGCAGGUGAGCUAGAUCCAUCUCUUUGGUUGGUCAGCUCAAAGGUAGGAGAGCUAGAUCGAUGAUGGUUGUCAGCUCACAGGAAGGUCCAUCUUGACUUUUGAUACAAAGUUCCUUUAUGAUAAAUAUGACACUACCUGGGGUUCGGUUGUGACAUUUUUAUAAUAAACUGCAGUAGAUUUUGUUCUGAAAGAAACAGGACUUUUGAGAAUGACUGAGCUGCCAAAUGCUGGGUAGAAUGAGUAACCCCAAAAUACGAGAUGUAUAAAAAGGGACACUAUUAGGGUUGCAGUUGUACAGUGACUCUAUAAUCUUCUGUCAGCCAUUAAGGUAAAUCAUGUAGAAUUAAUAGAAACAAUUUAUUUUAGAAUUUAAUUUCUAAAAAAAUUUUUAUUGAUUUAUAUGGUCACACCAGGGUCAGGCCUUGGGUAGAGCUUCACGCUGUCGUUUUUGCAUGAUGGCACGAGUGGUAACGACUGAGUCUACCGUUUCAUCAACCCCAAUCUCUAGCUAGCUGUACACUUCCCAGAAACCAGUGACGUGUCACUGCAGGUCCUGGUUAUUUAUAGGAUAUUAAAGAAUUUCAGUUGUGGACAUUGUUGUUAUUUU